AUUAAUAUUAUGUGACACAUGACAGAAGCUCGAAACAAAUGACUGUGAAUGAAAACAUGAAAAGCCCUAUUUAGGUAUUUGGGACUCUUUACCUUUUAGUUGGUUUGGAUUAUUAAAAAAACAAAUAAGUAAACAUAAAAUUUGGAUUUCCAUUAAUAAUAUGGAAAGAAAAGAAGGAAAUGAAGAUACAGUAACAAAUAUCAAGGUUGAGAAUAGUAUUUUUGUCAAGCCUGAAUUCAUUAAGAAAGAACCUGCUCCAGUUUAUCUAGAUACUUAUAUUGAAGACCACAGACAAGCAGUUUCUGAUAUUAGUUUGGACCAAAUUAAAACAGAAUUAUCAGUUGAAAGUAUAACAUUUGAACAGAACCAAGAUGAUUUAGCACAAUUCCAGUAUUUUAAUAGUGAUGUUGAUAAUAUAAAACUAGGGCCUAGGGAUAAGGGAAGUCAAAGCAGUCAACAUGAUAGCUUCAAAACUGAAAUUAAAGAGGAGCUCAAUAGAGAAAGUACCCGUGAUACAUUUGAUGACUCAGACUUAAAUGAAUACUCGUUAAAAAUUGAUGUAGAAGAAGAAAAGAAACUUAUGCCAUAUGGAGAAGAACAAACAAACGAAAAACAUAACUUCAAAAAUGAAAUUAAAGAGGGGCCCAACAGGGAAAGUACCCGUGAUACAUUUGAUGAUUCAGACUUAAAUGAAUACUCGUUAAAAAUUGAAAUAGAAGAAGAAAAGAAACUUAUGCCAUAUGGAGAAGAACGAACAAACGAAAAAGACUCUCUCCAAGAAAAGGGCACUUUGGAAAUUAUGAAAACAAUAGAAGUACAUUCAGCUAAUAAAGAACAACAUACGAGUCAAACUGCAGAAGAAAAAACAUUAAACUGUGAAAUUUGUCUGAAGCAGCUUAGUACAGCAAGUACUUUGAAAGUACAUAUGAGAAGACACACUGGAGAAAAACCUCACAAGUGUGUAAUUUGUUUUAAGCAGUUUUCUCGAGUAACCCCUAUGAAACAACAUAUGAGAAUACAUACUGGGGAAAAGCCUUACAAGUGUGAAAUUUGUUUUAAGCAGUUCAAAGACGCUGAUUAUCUGAAAAAACAUUUAAGAGUGCACACUGGUGAAAAGCCUUAUAUCUGUGAAGUUUGUCAUAACCAGUUUUCUCAAAAAUCUUCGUUGACAACCCAUUUGAAAAUUCAUACCGGAGAAAAACCUUUUAAGUGUGGAACUUGUUUUAAGCAGUUUCUUCAGGCAGGUAAUUUGAGGCAACAUAUUAAACUUCACACUAAAGAAAAAAGUUACAAUUGUGAAAUUUGUUUGAAGCAAUUUUCUCGAGAAGAUAAUUUGAAAUCACAUAUGAGAAUACACACUGGGGAAAAACCUUUUAAAUGUGAAAUUUGUCUUAAGCGGUUUAAUGAAGCCAGUAAAGUGAAAAGACAUUUAAAGAUACACACUAAAGAAAAGCAUUAAGGUGCAAAAUUUGUUUUAAGCAAUUUAUUACUGAAAGUCAUUUGAAAACGCAUUUGACAACUCACACUGAAAAAUCUCAUAAGUGUGAAAUCUGUUGUAAGCAGCUUAGACAAGCAGGCGAUUUGAAAGUACAUAGAAAAACACAUACUGGAGAACGAUCUUACAUGUGUGAAAUUUGUUUUAAGCAAUUCGUUCAUGCGGGUAAUUUAAACGUACACAUGAGAAAACAUACUGGACAAAAACCUUACAAGUGUGAAAUUUAUUUCAAGCAAUUUGUUACUGCAGGUAAUUUGAAACAACACAGAAGUAUUCAUACAGGAGAAAAAGAUUAUAAGUGUGAAAUCUGUUUGAAGCAAUUUAGCGAAGCGGGAGCUUUGAAAAAACAUCUGAGAGUGCACACUGGAGAGAAGCCUUAUAAGUGUGAAGUCUGUUUUAAGCCGUUUUCUCAAAAGGAUUAUAUGAAACAACAUAUGAAUACACACAGGAGGAAAAACUCAUAAGUAUGAAAUUUGUUUUAAAUCGUUUAGCGUAGCGCACAUCGUUUAAUAGUUAUUUAUGUGUCAAGCGUAAAACAGGAGCUUUGAAAAAACAUUUGAGAGUGUAUAGUGUAGAGAAGCCUUGAUAAGUGUGAAAUUUGUUUUAAGCAGUUUUCUCGAAUAUAUGAACGAAAUACGUUAUUUAAUCCCCGUUUAGGCUUAAGCCUCUUCAGGAUAUUGGAAACUCCUUUUCAGGAGCGUAGGGACGAUGUGAAUAAACUAGAGUGUGUACAUUAGAAGAAUGUAGAUGGAAGAGCAAAAUUGCUAGUGAGACGGGGGCUUUAGAAGGUGGUGUUGAUGUUUUAGCGCGAAAGCUAUAAAGAUUGAAGGAGAAGAAAAGUUGCCGUAAACUUGCCCACACCAAUCAGCGAGGACGCAAAGCUGCCACUAAUUAGAAACGGCUCUUGGAUUCAGCGUGUAGGGAUACAGCUUAUAUUAUCUGCGAUAUAUCUUGCCUGCCAAGGUAAAACAGUAUAUGUGAAAAAAAUCGAUUUUUGAAUUUGCCGCCAAAACUGGGUAAUUUUUUGCGCUCUUUCUAAUGCAAUUUUUAGUUUAUUUCUAUCUCAUUUAGUUUUCAAAAUGUGACACUGGUAAAACAGUAUAUGAGUACGUGUACUUGCGUCUCUGCUAUGGUAAAACAGUAUAUUCGACAAACUCUACAAAGGCAGAAUAAUAUACAUCAUCAUACACUGCUUAUCCCUGGUAUUAUGUUAUAUCUAUUUUUUGAAACUCUACUGGUAAAACAGGAUAUAUGUGGUAUAUGCUGUUAUACGGUAACAUAUUUCAUAAAAACGGUGUCCCAAUUACAAUGGUAAAAUAGUAUAAACAUUUUAUAUACUCCUUUACCAUAGUAUGACCAAUGGGAAUUUUUAUCUCCCCCGACGGUAUAUACGUAUAAAGUCUUUUAUAUACUCUUUGGGUAUACUGGAAAAAUGGUAAAACAGUAUAUGUCAUUUUACAAGCACAUUUGAAAAAACUAUACAUAUUUGCUGUUAUAAUAAUUAUUAUAAUAACAUGCUUUUUUUAUAUUCCAAAUUUCACUUGUCUAACUUUAUAAAUGACAAAACGGCACAACAAAAAGUCAUUUAUCUCAAAACUCACUUUUUUCACAUAUACUGUUUUACCUUUGCAGGCAAGAUAUUAAGGGGAUUUUUUUCUAGGAUUUCGUAAACUCAUCAGGAAGUUCGUUUCUGGCCAAUUGUAGAAGAUUGGCUGGAUGGGAUGAAACUUUGUUUUUGGGAAUCCUAGUGAGUAUGUGACCUUGCCGCUUGCAAGGUGUUUUUAGAACAUUUUUAGCUCUAAUGUUUGUACCGUAAAGUUGGAUUUAUAGUUUGACGUAGCGUAGACGUAGACGUAAGAAACAGACUGCAGACGUAAGAAAAUAUUUUGUCAAUUUAUAAAUUAACGCAGCGGAAUUUUUGCGCAUGAGUAGAAACAGUGACUUAAUUUAACAACAUAGCCUAAAAAUUAUACAAACCGUAAACAAAAUUUUGUGUUUAUUUAUUUAUACUAUUAUUUAUUAUAAUAUUUAUCCGUUUUGUGUGUUACAAUGGAUUAGGAAAUAAACGAAGGUAUGUUCCUUGGUGCCGUGGAAUUUCCAACUAUGUUGUUUCAUUUCCUGGUCUUUAAAAUGUUCAUUGGAUUUACUUAUCGUAUAUGUGUGGACAACCCCGAAUGAACAGGCUAAUAAACAACUCAUAUUUAUCUGAAAUAUUGAAACUAUACACUAUGAUAUAUUUUUAUUAAAUUAAUAACGUCCAUUGUAUAAUAAUAUUCAUUGAAUAAUAACAUCCAUUGUGACAAAUAAUUAACAAAAUUCGAAUAUGUUGACAAACAACUUUACAAAAGGUAUGAGGGGGCGGGUCGCGGGUCCACUUUGAGUGACAGAACAAAAUUCUUCCUUAUGAUUGGCCAGACGUAGAAACGCACUGUAAAAGAUGAAAGUUGGUCAUAUCUUCCGUUCCGUUACGUUUCUCUUACGUCCCGCCAUGCGCUUACGCUCAUUUAUAAACAAGAGUACACAAAAUUCGGUGUUGAACUUUUCCAGUGUGUCUACGUUACGUCUACGUCUACGCUACGUCAAACUAUAAAUCCAACUUUAAUCGUACGAGAUACAUAUGUGUUGCUGAGAGAACGGAUUCUCUCGUUUAUAGAGGGUAUUGUUGCAAGUGGAUGUACUAACACCGACAGAUAGCACCAGUGCCUCCUGAGCGACUUUCUGAGAAUGUUAAGCUCACAACCAAGGAUGUCGUUAUGUGAAUGGUUGAGUGAGGCAUAGAGACAAGCUCUGUAGUCGAUAAUGGGCCUUAUGUAGGUGUGUAGGAGAUUCUUGUUUGAUGUACCUCCAAACCUUCCAGAUAGCGCUAAAAGGAGUUUAGCUCUAUUCCUUACCUUGUUGAAGGUGUGUUGAAUAUCAAUGUUUCAGUUGAGUGUCCUGUUGAAAUGGAUACCCAAAUAGACCACCGAUGAACGGAAUUCGAGAGCUUCACCCUGGAAGGUUAUCCUAGCCCGUUCGUUACGGCAGCUAUUAGGAUAUCUGAAGGCAAUCAUUUGGGUUUUGGUUGGAUUGAGGGUGACUCUCCAUUUAUUACACCGUUACAGUGUUAUUUAAUUGUGUUUGGCCCCUAUCGAAGACAGAAGGAUGUCUCAGCGUACUGUAUGCAGUUCCUGCAAUGAGCAAAGCAGUAUCGUCGGCGUAUAGUAGGAUGGACUCAGCUCGAUUAACGAGGUGGGGAAUAUCACUAUUGUAUACUGUGUAUAAGAUUGGAGCUAAUAUUGACCCUUGUGGCACUCCGGCUUGUGGAGAAUUGGUUAGCGACUUGUGGAGAAUUGACGCGUAUAGUCCGAUUUGAGAGGUAGGAAUGAAUGAGUUUGAUGAAAGUUAUAGGCAGUCCAAAUCUAGUUUUUCGAUCAGACCUGUGUGGCAGACCUGAUCGAAGGCCUUUUGGACGUCUAGGAAUAUGCCUAUUGCAUAUUUUUUAUACUCAUUGAUAGUUUGAGGUGAAAGUGGCUGCUUCAAUCAAUGCAUUGUUUGCAGAGUGUUCAGCUCUGAAUCCAAAUUGAAAAUUUAGGAGAAUAGAUAAUAUGAAACAACAUAUGAAGACACACAGGAGAAAAAAACCCACUGAGGGGCGCCAAACCGUAACGUUGUAGGUAACCAAAAUAAAAGUUUUCAGUAGAGAUAAAAAACGGUUUUAGUUGAAAAAUAUCAACGAAAUAAUUCUUAAUAUGUAUUUUUAUUAAUAAAUGUUCAAUUAACGCUAUUAACAUACAAAUUUGAAAUCUAGUGAAAUAAAAUAGUUUACAGUACAAAAUGUGGUGUCGAUGCGCUAACCAAAUGGUUCAUAAGUAUAUGUGCAGAAGUAUUUUUUAUGAAUAUUUUAGAUGUGGCUAGGGUUGCCUCAUUUAUUACUUGGACAAAUUUACAUCCAAAAUGGAACGAAAACAAAGAUAAAGUGUGAAGAUUGUUUCUUUCAAUUACAGCAGAACAAGUAUUGCCUCAAAUUUUGACUACAUCAAGAAGCAAAACAGUGUAUUCAAAAAUGCUUACAGGAAGUUGAUUCACAUAAUAAAAAGAAAAUACAUACUAGAAAAACCUCCAGAUUUAGCAAAAGAAAGGUGUCCCUUGUGCUCAACAAAAAGGACAGGAAACAGAAGUAAAUGUGCAGAAGACGUGUGUGUUAUGAUCACUGUACAAUUAAAAAAGUUUGUGAAUAUUGCAAUAAAAAAAAUAAUUGAUUAAUU